AUGAGUGGCAGCGGAGGCUUCUACAAGUAUCGUUGCAAGAACUUUUACUCGCACAACUGUCCCAACUGGGUGUGGGUGAACAAUUCGCCAUGUGCAACCUGCAUUGUAAAUGCCGAGGAGCGAUUGGUGCCAUCUACCAUGGUAUCUCAUGAACUCGUCUCACCUCAUAUCCGAGAGAGUAUCCUACAACAAACUAUCACAAACCCGGUUGCGCUAAAUGAAUCCGGAGAGAGCUGGAUCCCCCACGUUCAGGGCGAUGGCUUUGACGAGGAUGGCCAACGGCCACAGGAUUUUUCGACGACCAGCCUCGUCUUGCCCGGUUCGUAUCGAACUAUUGCUGGCGGGCAAUAG